AUGUUCUUAAAAUAUGAUUUAAAAAAAAUAUUUAUUAAAUCAAAAGUUAUAAAGAAAUGGAGGAGUUAUUGUAGUACCAGUUUAUUAAAUUAUAAACAAGAAGAACUUCAUAAAUAUUCAUGCAUUGUCCCUUAUAAAAGUGAUGAUACAUUAACACUUGAAUCUAUAUAUGAUAAAAAAUAUAAUCACGUUUUUAGUGAUAACAACAUUGAAGUUGAAUCAAACUUAUUUUAUUUAUAUAAAUUACUUAUAAAUAGUCGUACAAUUGAACAAAUUAGACUUGAAAUACAUAACUCGUAUUGUGCUUAUGAAAAUAAUUUUAUAAAUAAUAUUAAAAAUAUUAAUUGGUCUACUUAUAUUCCAUUUAGUAGUAUUUUCGUUACACCUCAAAUAAAUAUACGAAGCAUAAAGUCUCGUUUAUAUCACACAUGUAUGUUAAAAAAUAUUAUUUUAAGUGUUAUUAAAAGACAACAACAGUUAUACAUUGAAAAAAAUGGUGAUCAAAAUAUUUUUUUAAAAAAAAAAAAAAUUGACCCUUCUAAAUUAGAACCAUUAAAAAUAAAUAUAUUAUUUAAAUACAACGAAUGCAAAAUAAAUAUAAAUGUAAGUAAUGAUAUGAAUAAGCGCAUUUAUAUAGCAUAUAAAAAUCAAGAUUCUUUAAAAAGUACAAUUGUUGCAUCAGCUAGCUUUAAAAUAAAUUUCUUUAAAUAUAUGAAUUCUUCAAAAAAAUUAUAUAUAAUUGAUCCAUUCUGUGGUGAUGGAACACUUUUACUAGAAAUUCUCAGUAUUUUAUUAUGCAUUCCAAAUGGAUCACCAAGUAUUACUUAUCCUAUUUUAACUUUUCCUUUACAUUCGCCUUCAACAUUUUUUAACGUAUUAAAUGAGAUAAAUAUUUGUCCACACAAAGAUAUUAAUCAAGUAUAUUUAUUAGGAGGUGACGAAAAUAAAGACAAUAUAUAUAAAGCAAAUCAGAAUUUAAAAAAAUUUUUGGAUACUAUGCCACUAAGUAUUAAUGAAGAAUAUAAUGAUAAUAAUCACAUAUAUAAUAACGAUAAAUCACCACCUAUUUCAAAUGAUAAUGAAGAAAAUUCAAAUAAUAAUAAUAAAAAAUGUGAUAAAUUAAAUAAUAAUGAAUAUAAAAGUAUUAAAAAGGGAGAUAAUUUUUACUCUGAUUUUAAUAUUCUUAACACAUUCCAUUUAAGAGAAAUAUUUCAAGACCAAAAAAAAAUAAAUUUAUGUAACAAUAAUUUUUCUUGGAAAAAUAUAAAGUUUUGUUCUUUAAAUUUCCUAAAAUUAAAUAACAUAAUCGAAAAUUGUAUCAUAAUUACAAAUAUAGUAAAUAUGGAAAAAAAAAAAAUAAAAAAAUUUGAAAAGCUAAUUUUAAGAUCAGAAAUUUUAAAUACAUAUGUUUUUGCUCAAGAAAAAUAUAAAGAAAAAACUCAAUUAAAAUUUAAACUUAUUUUACGUUUUGUUUCUGAUGGACGAAAUAUAAUUUUUCUACAACUCUUUAACAAAACAAAAAAAAAAAUUUAUGAUGAUUUUGAAGAAUACUGA